AUGGUCAAUCACUAUUCCUAUCACGAAGAUCCAACUGUGACUGAAGCAAGCGCGGCUGUCCUGCGAGUUUUAUCGCCGCUGCGGCACCGUGCAAACGAAUUAGCCUUUUCUCCAUCCACCUUGCACAACAAUCGGAACAUUUUCGAGCAUCUUCCGAAUGAAGAAAACUUGGAUAACCCAGAUUUCAGUCUUCAAAUCUUGGCGCAAGCGCUCCUGAACAAUAUACCGCCCCAGCUACCAGCACGCUCACCAUCUUCUGGCCUCCUACCCGACAUCACCGGCGUCGAGCCUUCGACAAUGGCCCAACGUGAGUUUAGCCAGCUCAUGACCAGAAAUCGAUCCUCAACACCUACAGAAGGCAUGAUUGAUACCAUUUAUCGACAAGCUUUCGGUUUCCGUCCUUCGUAUAACGGUGAUGUUCGGAAUCCGGCGAACCGUCCCAACCAAGUCCCCUCGCACCGCAACUGCAAUUUUUGGAUCACAAACCUCCCCAGAGAUUGCACCGAACACGAUCUAGAGAACGCCAUCACCAACGUUGGGUCCAUUUGGGCCAUGUACCUCAACCCACCCGAGCCCUCGAGCGGCCUGUUCAGCACGGCGGCCUCACUCUCCUUCACACGUCUAUCCUCCGCACGUGAUUUUAUGAACCGCUCGCGAUGGGGGGGCUUCAUCGUCAACGGCCGGCGGGCAUGUGUUGGCUGGAACCGCAACCAUAUUGGUCCCCAGACCCCCGACGGCCAUGAUGCUCCCGACCGCUCGCGAGUUCUCAUCAUUGUGGGACCUGUCAACAUCGUGAACCCAGCCAUGCUUACGGAAUUCUUCCGACGCUACUUCUCUUACCGCACGACGGGCAUCGAGACUAUAGGCCAAGACACGGUUGGCUACUCCACGAUGGAGUGGCGGUUCGCCAGGGUUUCGGGACAGGCCAACAUUGCCGCCUCUUGCCUGAGAGGUCUACGCGACCAGCACGGGAUAGACGUCGACUAUUUCUGGGGAACAGAUCCCUGCGAGGCAAACGAGCGACUUAACUGA